UGUUAUGUAUUUUGUCACUGUUUGCAAUCACUGUUAGUAGUAGAAUCAACGAAUCGCGCAUCUCUAUAGUCUGCACAGCUGUUUUGCGCACACAUAAACAAUAACAAAAUUAGUUUGCUUGUAAGAAUUGCACACUGUGUUAUCUGCUCGUUGUAAAAGUUUAAAUUUAGCAUAUGACGUCAGCCAAUAGUUUAUCCAAAUGCCGUGUUUGCAUUUGUGUACUUGAAGCAGCUGUUAUCAGCUAUGAUAUGCGGCACUUGCCCGAACUGGCGCACAAAUUUGUGGCCUGCACGGAUUUAUCUCUCUCCCAAGCAGAAGCUGAGAAACAAUUACCAACAGAGCUAUGCCAAGUGUGCUUUGACAAAUUGGAGGAGUUGUAUGCAUUUCGGAACAAGUGCAUAGCAGCCGACGCACAAUUACGUUUAGAAAUAUCUGCAUCAGCCCCAUCUGGAGAGCUGCAGAAGCUUGGCACAGUAUAUCAACUGAACAGUGAUGUGACUGAAAUAGAAUUGCCCCAAAUAGAAGCUGCAGUCGAGGGUGCAAUAGUGGCCGUAGAUAUUAAUGAGACACAGAAUUUGUUAUCGAUGCCAGCUUCAUGCAACGUUUGUGGCAUGAGUUUCGUGAUGCAGCAUCGCUUGAUAGCCCACCAACGCCAACACAAAGGCCUGUCGCCUUAUCCGUGCACAGAAGAGGGAUGUGAUCAAGCUUCUAAUCGUUUCCACAGCUUGUCGGAACACCUGAAGGAACACUUGGUCUCCAGUCAGUUUAGCUGUGAGCAAGAAGGUUGCGAUAAGGUUUAUCGGCAUAAGCCCACUUUAAUCAUGCACAUGCGCAGGUGCCACAAGCUGGGCCCAGAGCUGAAGUCACAUGUAUGCGAGUUCUGUGGAAAGGUGUUCAGUUCCACCUCGGUGCUCAACGAUCAUCGCUACACGCACAAAGAUCAAUCCGAAUUACCGCAUGCCUGCCAAGAGCCGAACUGUUCGCGCCGAUUCUCCAGCAAAGAGAAACUCAAGGUGCAUCUGAUGCGCCAUGCGGGCAUCAAGAACUUCAGUUGCCCCUAUUGCGGCAUGAGGAAGACUACCAGAAAUGAGCUGAAGAUACACAUGAACUAUCACACACUGGAGCGCACAUGGCCCUGUCGCUUUUGCUCAAAGGUCUGCAACAGCUCUGGUAAUUUGAAGAUGCAUGUGCGUGCCGUGCAUGAGCGUGCGAAAGACUAUGCCUGUAGCUACUGCGAGCGCAGAUUUGCCAAGGCGGACACACGCAAAUAUCACGAGAUGACCCACACCGGAGAGAAACCCUUUGAAUGCGAGGAAUGUGGCAAACGCUUCACACAGCCCGCAGCUUUACGCACCCAUCGCAAGAUCCACGAUCGGCAGCGCUCGAACUCCAGCACGACCACGUAUACGCUCUUGAUGACGGCGCCAAUUGACGUUAGUGUAGAGCGGGCGGACGAAUGCAGUUAAUAAUAGAUGUUAUAUAUAGUAGAAUCAUAUACAUAUAUAUAUAUUUCGAAUCAUUUGAAGAAAUCAAGUAAAAAUUUUAGAUUUUAUGUUGACAGUCAAAUCAGUUGUUUGCUGAUAAUAUUAUAAUCAAAUUUAGCUAAUCUCUAUAAAGGGUAUCAGUAAAUGUAGCUCUUGCUAAAUAAUUUAGUCGUGCUGUCUAUCUGUCUAUAGACAUUUUAAUCAACUCCAAAUUUCAAAGUUCCUAAAUACAGUAAUCCCAAAUUAAUUGAAGCAG